GAUUUGAAAAGAAGCAUAUGUUCCACCAGGAUGUCUAUGAAAUGGAUUUCAGUUCUUCUGCUGCUACAGCUGAGUUGUUACUUUAGCCCUGGGGGUUGUGGAAGGGUGCUGGUGUGGCCCACAGAAUACAGCCACUGGAUGAAUAUGAAGACAAUCCUGGAUGAACUUGUCCAGAGAGGUCAUGAAGUGGUUGUUCUGGUGUCUUCAGCUUCGAUUCUUAUUGAUCCCAACAAAGCAUCUGCUAUUAAAUUUGAGAUUUUCCCUUCAUCUUUUACAAAAGAUGAUAUGGAAUUUUUUUUCAUGAAGCUGAUCAAUAGAUGGACAGACCUGCAAAAAGAUACAUUUGGGGGCCUUUUUUUACAUAUUCAAGAAAUGUUACGGGAAGGUUCUGACUUGGUUGAAAAGCUCUGUAGAGAUGUUGUUUUGAAUAGGAAAUUUAUGAAAAAACUACAGGAAUCAAGGUUUGACGUCGUUCUUGCAGAUGCUGUUGGACCCUGUGGUGAGGUGCUGGCUGAGCUACUUAACAUACCUUUUGUGUACAGUCUCCGCUUCUCUCCUGGCAACAACAUUGAAAAGUAUAGUGGUGGACUUCCUUUCCCUCCAUCCUAUGUGCCUGUCAUCAUGUCAGAAUUAAGUGAUCAAAUGACAUUCAUGGAGAGGGUAAAAAAUAUGAUAUACGUGCUCUAUUUUGACUUUUGGCUCGAAACAUAUAAUCAGAAGAAGUGGGAUCAGUUUCUCAACGAAGUACUCGGAAGACCCACUACAUUAUUUGAGUUAAUGAGUAAAGCUGACAUAUGGCUCAUUCGAACCUAUUGGGAUUUUGAAUUUCCUCGUCCACUCUUGCCAAAUUUUGAAUUUGUUGGAGGCCUCCACUGCAAGCCUGCCAAGCCUCUACCUAAGGAAAUGGAAGAGUUCGCCCAGAGCUCUGGAGAAAAUGGUAUUGUGGUGUUCUCCCUGGGGUCAAUGGUCAGUAACCUGACAGAAGAAACUGCCAAUGUGAUUGCAUCAGCCCUUGCCCAGAUUCCUCAAAAGGUUAUAUGGAGAUAUGGUGGCAAAAAACCAGACACCUUAGGGCCAAAUACUCGGCUCUAUGAAUGGAUUCCCCAGAAUGACCUUCUUGGUCAUCCAAAAACCAAAGCCUUUAUAACUCAUGGUGGAACCAAUGGCAUCUAUGAGGCGAUCUACCAUGGGAUCCCAAUGGUGGGAAUUCCUCUGUUUGCGGAUCAACCUGAUAACAUUGCUCACAUGCAGAUCAAGGGAGCAGCUGUCAGACUAGACUUAAACACUAUUUCAAGUACAGGUUUGCUCAAUGCAUUGAAGACAGUCAUUAAUGACCCUUCAUAUAAGGAGAAUGCUAUGAGAUUAUCAAGAAUUCAGCAUGACCAGCCAAUGAAGCCUCUAGAUCGAGCAGUCUUCUGGAUCGAGUAUGUCAUGCGCCACAAAGGAGCCAAACACCUGCGGCCAGCCUCUCAUGACCUCACCUGGUUCCAGUACCACUCUCUGGAUGUGAUUGGGUUCCUGCUGGCCUGUGUGGCAACUGCUAUGUUUGUCAUCAUGAAAUGUUGUCUGUUUUGUUGUCAGAAGUUUGCUAAACCAGGAAAGAAGAAAAAAGGAGAGUAG